AUGCUCCCUCCAACACCCAGUGUAGGCCUCACCCUAACUGUUGAGCGCGACAAUGGAAGUCCUGGUUCCUCUGUCUUCGACCUGCCCACUGGCCAACUACCACCCCGCCCCGCAAUUGCCACUCCGCUGCAACCACACCUUGCCUCCAACAGCCCUCAGCCAGCCUAUGUCGUUCUCUCCGGUGGUACAGGUGGAAACGCGAUUUGUGCAGCCUUUGGCCCACAUGCCUGCUACGUGCUACCCGUGUCGGACGACGGUGGCUCUUCGGCCGAAAUUAUCCGCGUCAUUGGCGGCCCCUCAAUUGGGGACAUUCGCUCCAGAUUAGUGCGUCUAAUUCCGUCCAGCCCAGCGCUCGAUGCGAUCCGUGCUCUGUUGGCAUACCGUCUUCCGGCCGAUGAGAGGGUCGCAAGAGAUGAAUGGCGCGAUAUCGUUGAGGGAAGGAGUGGGUUGUGGAGGGGCAUCCCACACGAUCGGAAGGAAACGAUCCGAGGCUUCCUCGUCCACUUUGAGAGCGAGCUGCUCAAGCGCGCGCACAAAAACUUUACCUUCGUCAACGGGAGCAUUGGAAACUACCUCAUUGCGGGCGCUCAGGGCUUCUUCCGUUCCCUGCCUGCCGCGAUCUUCCUGUUCUCCUCGAUCACAAACAGCCAGGCGGACAUUGUACCUACCAUCGUCACCAACCACACCGUCACCAUUGCUGCCGAGCUGGAAAACGGGGAGAAGCUCGUCGGACAGUGCGAGAUUUCACACCCUGUGCCGGCUAGUGUAACCCAGGAUGGCACAGUACCAGACAGCCUCUCGCCUGUGGAUGGCAUGGGGGAGACGAUCGCAAGCAGUCAGCGGCGAAACGUGCUGUUUGAGCAAGCGGCCAAGGGGGCCUCCCAACCUCUGGCGGCUCGAAUAUCCCGACUGUACUACAUCAAUGCAUAUGGCUUCGAGAUCCAUCCCGCGCCAAACCCCGCCUACCUAUCUGCACUGACAAACAGUGGUAUGCUGGUAUACUCGUGCGGCUCUCUGUGGACAAGCAUUAUGCCGUGUCUCGCGCUGCGCGGGGUUGCGGCUGGGAUUGCGAGAUCGCGUUCAUUGAAGGCAAAGGUUUUGCUAUUGAAUGCGAAGAACGACCGCGAGACGGAGGGCUAUACCGCCGUAGACUACAUCAAAGCAAUUGUCAACACGCUGAACGCCCACUACGACACGCCUUCCUACGGGCUCGCGUACGGACCCGGCAGCAACACCACCUUCCCCGUCUCCGCAUUCAUCACCGACCUCGUAUUCCUCAAAGACACCCAGGUCUUCGUCGACAGGCGGCAGAUAACGGCUCUCGGCGUCAGGUGCACGGAAAUCGCAGGCGAUGGCAGCGGGAUGUUUGAUGCGGCUGGCGUGCGACGCGCGCUGGACGCGGUUAUGCUGCUUGAUCCAUGA